AUGGCGAUUGUGGCUGGCGUCCUCCUGGGACUUCUCCUUCAGAGCAAUGUGGUCUCCGCUGGUUCAUUGAAAGAUAUUGAACAUGUGGUGAUCUUCAUGCAGGAGAACCGGUCAUGGAAUACCUACUUUGGCACCAUGGCCGGAAUUAGAGGGUUCAAUGACCCCAACGUCCAGGUCAAUGCUGAUGGGAAACCAGUCUGGUACCAACAAGUCGACCCAGAUAUGUCGAACGAGACAGACUAUUUGCUGCCGUGGUAUCUCGGCUAUCAAGGUGGUGACUCCCUUGACGCAAUCCAGUGCCUGACAGCCGGAUCGAACGGUUAUGAGGAGAACCAUGCAGCACUGAACAAUGACUUAAACAACUACUGGGCCAGAAAUAAUACCCCGUGGAGCUGGGGUUAUCUGAAAAGACAGGAUAUUCCCGUUCAUUUUGCUAUUGCAGAAGGAUGGACAAGCGGAGAUAUGUAUCAGGAGGGCCAAAUCACUGCCACCAACCCCAACCGUGUUACGCUCGUAAGCGGCUCUGUGAAUGUGCCUGGUGGCCAUCAGAAUCGCUCUCAAGGAGGACCCUACAUUGACAACAACGAAACUCCAGGCUGUGAGCAGGGCGAUUUUAGCUGCUACCCGCUCAGUUGGAAGACCAUCUUCGAAUUUUACGAGGACGCUGGAGUCUCGUGGCAGGUGUAUCAAGACACCGAUAACUUUGACGACAACCCUCUUGCAUGGUUUUCACAAUAUCAAACCGCCCCGCCAGACACUCCUUUGGCCAAGAAAGGAAUGUCGUACGUCGGCCUUGAUUCAUUCUACGAGGCCGCUGCAAAUGGAACUCUCCCUGAAGUUAGCUUCAUUGUCGGUCCAGCAGAGCUGUCUGAGCACCCGCCUUACAUGCCCAAAGACGGUGCUUGGUUGCAGCAGCAGGUUGUCAAUGCCGUUACCAACAGUCCCAAAUAUGCGUCUACCGUGCUAAUUAUCAGUUAUGAUGAUGUGUACGUUGGCCCAGGUGUCCGCCUGCCUUUCUACAUCGUCUCCCCUUUCACACGUGAUAACCGCGUUUUUACUGAGAGAGCAGACCAUAACUCCCAGAUCAUGUUUAUUGAGGAGUGGCUUAUUGCUAGAGGUUACAAUGGCGUUGAGACAGACCAGAUGGUAACAUGGCGUCGUGAGCACAUGUCCAACCUGGUCAACGCACUUGAUCUCGAUCACCCUGAUUUGUCUCUUCCUGACAUCCCUCUCGCACCGGAACCUCAUACAGAUUCAUCUGGAAACUAUGAUGGCACGUCACUCUGUGAAUCUACGUACUCUGAUCCGAGGCCGCCUGUGCCGUAUGGCUCACAGAACGUCUCUGAAGCCCUCUUCUUCGAGGACGGUUACAAGGAAGUCGUUGGAUAUCUCACCGAGGGCCGCUAUCUCGUAUUCGAGAUUGCCGGCAAGGCGUUGACGAAUCCAUCGAACGGUAACAAAGUAAGCGCCAGCUCAGCCACCAGUGAUCACGCGAGCAAGUCCCAGCGCUGGGUGAUUCACUACUCCAACGGUGAGGAGAGCGGCCUCUUCAAAAUUUCCAGCGCUCUGGAUGGAAGAUGGCUUGGCAGCAAUGGCAUUCUUUACCCUGCAAGCCAGAGUGCGCAGGCUUCCGACAUCAAAAUCACCUUUUUGGGCAACGGAAAGGGUUACACUCUGGAAUACGCCGGCUCUAAGAACGAGGCUAUCAACAUCAGCAGCUCAGGUGCUCUUACUGUCACACCCAGUGCUGCAGGCAAGGAAUCUGGUUUCAAGAUUUUCAGCGUCACUUACCAUGACUAG